CUCAAUUCCGUUUUUGGUCAAGAUGGUGGCCUCCCAUGCAGCUUAUGGCGCUUUGGGGACCGACGUUGAUCAUACCCGGAGGCUGAAAAUCCUGCAGAAAAUGUCCAAGCUCCGAGAGCUCGGAAUCCAGCUACCAUAUCCAGGUACUAGUACUACCUCUAGUAGUACAUUCAAGGGCUUACCUAACGGUUCCUACCUUGAGUGCUGGAACAAUCUCGGAACCGGCGCAUCUUUGGUCCUUCCAGAGAACCCAGCCUCAGUCCAAUCGUCACGGUUGCUUCAUUGCACAUAUGAACAGGCACACAAAACGCCGUCGACCCAGAGAGGCAGCCCAGCGGCUGAGCUUCGUCUCAAGCUUGAGCGCAACCUUAGCUCCGGCUCCCUGUGCUGGGAGCUUGGAUUCACGUCCCGCCAUCCCCCCGCUCGCUCGGAAAUAGAACUGCUACCCACCAACAACUACGUUAGCGUCCUUCUUCCCGCCCUGGUCCCUGACGGCAACGCAUCUAUAUUCAGAAUUGGCUGCCAUCUUUGCCCCAAGAUGUCAUUGCCCUCCAGCACUGGCUAGAUGUGCCGCCCUGCAUAAGGACCACGUCUUUUUUUGUGCCUAGUGCCGGCGCCAUCCUACUGGAUAUGUACGAUGCGAGCCUCUUGCAUUUGCUGGCUCUCUACCGAACACGUCCCUCGUGAAGGCCUACAUGGGCACCACCACACCCCUUCCCCAGAACAUCCUGGCAUUGCUCUAUUGGUGGCUGCAGCAAUAGAUCUCCCCGAUGGUGGAUCUCAGCCGAAGUCUGAGAUCGUGGGAAACUGGACAGAGAACGGCGAUCGGGAUUUUGGCCUCCAUCUGCUUUGCCCCCUCAGAUUUCUCGAUAGAUGUCCCUGCCACGGGUGGACCGUGAAGGAUUUUCAGCUGUUGGC